GUUCAUAGCUCGUUUAGCUUUCGUCGAGUGUACAUACAUAGAUAGAUACAUACGAGACCAUACAUACCUACGUAAUUUCGAGUGAGAGACAAAAUAACGAGACGGUAGAAGAAGGAGUAUAGACUGGCAACGCAGUAACCGAUUGGAAACUUUCGAGAGAACAUCGAGCGCGUUUGCUAUAUCGUAAUACGUUACAAGAAUCGAAAACUCGUAGGAAGUCCUUUUUUCUUUUUCUUGUUGUCCUUCUAUUUGUUUUUCUUUUUUUUUUCUUUUUCCAUUUCCUCUCUUCGACAUCUCAUAUACGAACGACCUCUACGAGCAAAGACAUUCAUUCAGUCGAUAUUCUCGCUCACACGCGAACGGAUCGUCGGAGAAUAAAAUAUUUUUAUUUUCGCGUCUCUUCGUUGUUACGUCGCGUGAUAAUAAUAAAAGAUAACAAAAAAAAAAAAAAGAAAAAGAAAUAAAAAGAGCAAGCAAGUAUUCUGUAUUUUCGAUAAAAAUCUUCAUGAGAUUGAUUUUAUUGAUAUAUCAAAUAUCAACGUGUGAUAACAGACCUGAAAGCAGUUUUAUUUAAUCAUGCGAUUGAUAACGACCGAUAGAUUAUACUUUAUUUUGACAUUAUGGAUAUGGAUCACCACCGAUCAAGCCCUAGGACAACAACCCAACGAAUCUGUACCUUCUGUUAUCUUAGGUGGCAUUGGUAAUGUCGCUUCCAGUGCUACAAAUUUUCUAUCCGGAGUCGUGCAACGACAGAAAGACCUGUUGCAUCGCGUGACCGACACCGCCACAGAUUACAUCGUUAGUGCGGUGGAAAGACCAAGGAUUUUAUUGAUCAAUGCAACGAGAGCUACAACGGGAAUUAUCGACAGUGCAGCGUCGAAAGGACUCGAAUUCAAGCUUCGAAGAUUCAUCGAGAAGUUACGUUCGCGAAUGCGUUACGGUAUACCAGAAUUGGAUAUACCACCGCUCGAACCAUUUCAUCUCGAUGGAGUUCGCAUCGACACCGAUAAUCCAGAAAUUGGAAACAUCAGUGCCAUUAUCACCGACUUAACGGUUUACGGAUUAUCAACGUUCAUUAUCGAAAGUGCGAAACUCUCUUUGAUCGGUCCAAGCAUAUCCGUAAAUCUUUUGUUUCCGGAACUAUAUGCAACCGGUGAUUACAACGUAUCCGGUAUACUCGGCGACAUGUUUACGAUAUUUGGUUCUGGCCCUUUCAAAGCAACGAUCUACGAGUUUCGUUUACAAUUUACAGUUGUAUUGGGUUACUCGAGGGGUUUGUAUAUAAAAGAUUUCGAUCUCGACUUCGCGUUGACGUCCGUCUUGUUCGAUAUUGAAAAUUUUAUGGGAGGUGACGAGGUUGGAAGGAUCAUGAACAAGGUCUUUCAAGAACUCACUCCGCAGGUAGUGGAAAUCAUUAAGCCGGACAUACUUCCAGGAAUCAAGAGUUACGUGGCGAGCAGAGCCAACGAAACUAUCCAACAUUUAACCAUGAGAGACUUGUUUAAUAUUCUCUUGGGAGAAAACGAAAUUCGAGAUAUCGCUCAUUUAAUCAUACCGUGAUAUAUAUAUGUGUGUAUAUAUAUAUGUAUUUAUGUGUAUAUAUAUAUAUAUAUAUAUAUAUAUAUAUAUAUACAUAUAUAUAUAUAUGCGUUCUUCCUUCCUUCUUUUUCCAAAGGAACAUUUUAUUUUCUCGUCCUUUUCAUUAAUUUUAUUUGAGUAUUAUUUACUUUAUUUCUUUUGUCUACUCUUUCGAUUGGAUUUGAAAGAAUAAAGUAGAUACAUCGGAUGCGAUAAUAAGAUUUUCCUAAGACGAUCUAACGAUCGAUAGCUAUUAAUUACGACCAAGAUGAUGUUUUUAAAAUUUCAAGAAACGAUCGAUUAAUUAUACCGACGUACAUUUUUUUGUUCGUUCGUUCGUUCGUUCCUUUAUACGUUCUUUUCUCUUUAUUUUUAUUUUUUAUACUACGAUUUUACGUGUUACGAUUUUAUUAUUAUAAUAUAAUAAAAUGUUUCAUUAAACAGAUCAUUUUUUUUUUUUUUUUUUUAUCGAAAGACACGUAGUGCAUGUAGGAUUUGUUGCGUCUUACGAAAGACUUUGACACCAUUGCGUGUUGCAUUACUCGUCCAAAUUGUAUUUUCGAAAGAGACGAACGAAACGACACAUACACACACGUCGGAUAUUUAAUUCAAUAACUUAUGUAUAUCAUAGUUACUAUUACUAUUGUGUUACGAUUCUAACACAUUUCUAAGUGAUUGAUAAGGUAAGCGAAAGUUCACAAGUGUGUCCUUCGAACUCAAUGAGUGAGCAAACGAACGAACGAACGAACGAACGAAUAAUGAACGAAUGAACGAUCAAUCGGCGAUCGAUAUUUCUUAGGUAGAUAAGAUUUUCCUAGAUAAAUAGUUUGAAACUAAUAUAAUAUAUACGAUUUCUUUAAAGAUUCUUAUUUUCCUAGGCUGUGCAAAUCGUUAGAGAAAAAAUGCAGAAGAAAAAAAGAAAAAGAAAAAAACAAGAAAAAAGAAUGAAAAUACGUAUAUACGUACAUACAUGAAUACAUGCAUACAUAUAUAUAUAUAUAUAUAUAUAUACAUAUCAUAUAUAUAUGUGUAUAAGUAACGUAUCGAAAUGAUAAUAAUGACCUUCAAAUUAUCUAAAUCGAUCGUAGUAUAGGGAAAGAAAAAGAUCAUAGGAUAAUAAACUGCGAUCAAUGUUUCUCUAUUAACAAUGACGAUCUUCUCUCUCUUUUUCUCUCUCUUCCUCCAUACCUCUUUCUCUCUCUCUCUCUCUCUCUCCUUCUCCUCAAAUUAUCUAUCUGUCUCACGUGUAAUUUCUCUCGAGAUUACACAAUCGACUCUAACGAGAUACGGUUGUCACAUAUAAGUCAUUGCCUAACAUAUAAAUACGUAUACAGAUAGGCUAUACCCACACACACACACACACCCACUAUACAUACCUACAUAUAUAUAUAUACUCAUAUGUAUAUACUCUUAAUACACAUAUACUCUUAAAGAAUUUAAUCAUCCCAAAAUGUAAUGACCAAACGACUCGCAGUUUAUUUACAAGAGUGAGACAAAAUAAACAGACGUAUCGUAUCAACUCGAAAAGUCUCCCCUCUAACUCCCUUUCUAUCUUCGGAAAUCAAUGAUAAAGAAUUUAAUGCGCGCACAAAUUAGUAUCUUACGAUACUCGAACGUUUGUUGAAGGAGACAGAGAGAGAAAGAGAGAGAGAGAGAGAGAGAGAGAGAGAGAGAUCGAUUGCUAUUAAUAUAAUUUUCAUGUGAAAGAUAUACACACAUACACAUACAUUCACACAUCGAAAAGGACACAUCAUUUUGAGAUAUAUACGUAUAUAGAUAUAUAAUAUCAGCGAACGUGUUCAGUUAUUAAAUUCUAUAUUCUUUUUUCA